AUGAGAUUACUUCAUGAGCGCAGGAAUGGUGGCAGUACUCUCGGGCCCAGCAGCUGGGCAUCCCCUUAUGCGCCUCUUAUUGAUCGAUCAUCCGUUCUUGUCUCUGAAAGGCCGAUUCAUCGUGCGUUGAGACGACUCGAGGAAAACACAAGUGUCAAUGGUGAUACAAACAUGGUCCACCUUGCUGCCGAGUAUAUGAAAGCCGAGCUCUUUCCUUCGGACAGAGAAACGGAGAACGACAGUUUGUACUCCAAAUCCAGUGGUGAUGCUAAUUCUCAUACUGAGUGCGACGCGGAAACUGAGUCACUGUGCCCUGUGAUUUCAAAAACUCGUUGCAGAGGACAACGAGCUCUGAAAUGCAAAUGCAGGAAGGCAAUUACGGUUUUUAAGCGGGCCGCCUUAGGGAGCAAAGUGAAGCUUAGGAAGUUGUUCAAGACCUGA